AUGGGUUCACAGAGACAAGGCGUACGGGAAGGAAUUCCUAAUGUUAACUACGAGAAGGAACAGGAAACGUUUAUGGCUAUGAUGAGCGACGUGGCUGAAGUAGUGCGUGAAGCUGCUGUAGGAGCGGCUAGGGCUAUUGAACGUCUCGGAGUGAGAAAUGGGAACAAGAAUGAAUACGGAGAAGAUAAUAGAAAUGAUGAGAACAACUUAGGGCAUCCUGAAAGACCUAUGACCCUUGCGACCUUUCUGAAGGUUAAUCCGCCUAAGUUCAAGGGUACACUCGUUGCGACUGACGCUGAUAACUGGUUUCGAGGUAUUGAACGAUCACUGAGGGCGCAGCAUGUUCCAGAAGGACAACACGUGGAGUUUGCUAUUUAUAUGCUCGAGGGAGAAGCUGAGUACUGGUGGCAGGGGAUACAGCGACUGCUACAACAGAAUGAAAAUAACAUUCCUUGGGAUAUCUGUAGGGACGAAUUUUAUAAAAAGUAUUUUCCGGGAGCAACACGAGAUGCUAAGGAGAUGGAGCUUAUGCAGCUGAGAAAAGGGGAUAUGACUGUUGCUGAGUAUGCUCGUAAUUUCGAUGAUUUGUGUUGUUUCUCUAAGAUAUGUCAAGGGGAUCCUGCUGACCUUGAAGAAUGGAAGUGCUUGAAGUUUGAAGGAGGCCUUUGUGUUGAUCUGAUGAGUUCAAUAGUUUCGCUGGAGGUACGUAAUUUUGCCGAAUUAGUCAACAAGAGCAAGUUAGUGGAAGAAUGUAUUAAGAAACUGACUGUGGCUAAAGUGAGUCGCCAAGGAUUUCCACCAAGGUGUCUUAGCAAUCAUCAGACAGCUGGGAGAAGGGUGCAUUUUAAAGCACGUGGCAUACGACAGUGUAAGAACCUACAAGUUGGUAACAUUACUGAUCGCAGUAUGGGUAAGAAUGGAGGUCUUGCCAGUUUGGAUCACCUAACUGCUAUGCUUGUAGAGAACUUGGACAUAUUGCCAAGGAUUGUCCAAAGGGAUUUACUCGAAAUCCAGUUAGCACUCAACAACAAGGACGAGUGUUUGCUAUCACUAUUGACGAUGUUGUGCAAUCGAACACCCUCAUUCAAGGUCAGAACUGCUGUUAUUCCAUCUAAUAGUCUAUGUACUAAACCAUUUUUGUCCCACACCUUAUAUCUGAAUUCUGUAAGAGUUGCCUUAGGCGGGAGUGGUUGUGAGGGGUACGUUCUGUUAGCGGCUAGCUCGAAUGAUAGUGAAUUAAGCUUAGAACGAAUCCAAAUGGUGAAAGAAUUUCCUGAUGUUUUCUUGGACGACAUACCUGAGUUUCUUCCUCAGCAAGAGAUAAAAUUCAACAUUGAUCUAGUACCUGGAACCGGACUGAUUUUCAUAGCACCAUAUCGGAUGUCACCAUUGCUUGCAGAGCUGAAGAAGCUAUGA